AUGCAACUGCAAGACUCGAGCGCGGCGCUCGACGCCUCUGUCACGUCGCAGGGCUACAACUACGACCCUGCAACGUACCACCAGUACGCCCAAGAGCGCUCGAUGCACGACCAAGGCGGCCACAAAGUCAACAGCUCCACUGCCAGUUCCUCGUCCAAAGCCACGACGUCGUCGUCGGCCUCGCAGCCGAAAGAGCGUCUCAACGCUGACAAACUGCGGCCGAAACUCGAAGCCACGACGUCGCCCACGAGCGCAGCCAAGGUCCAGAACUCCCUCUCCGCUCCUGCUGCUUCCCGGGCGCUGUCCACGCCCACGGUCCGCAAUGAGGCACUCAAGUCGAACCGGCUCUGCACCAUGCCAGGCUGCACGAAGCGCGUGCGGUCCAAGGGACUGUGCAAAGCCCACGGCGGGGGGCGACGCUGUAUGGUGGACGGCUGUGAACGCAGCAGUCAGGGCCAGGGGCUCUGUAUCCGCCACGGAGGCGGUAAACGCUGCACGCAGUCGGGCUGUACCAAAGCGUCACAGUCCAACGGGCUCUGCAAAGCACAUGGAGGAGGUCUACGCUGUCAAAGCGCCGGCUGCACCAAGAGUAGCCAAGGCGGCGGCUUCUGUCGCGCCCAUGGAGGCGGUCAACGCUGUGAGAAGGAAGGCUGCAACAAGGGGGCGCAGCGUGGCGGCUUUUGUGCUGGCCACGGCGGCAGUCGCUUCUGCCAGCAUCCGGACUGUACCAAGAACGACCGCGGAGGCGGUUUUUGUGCCGAACACGGCGGUGGCAAACGCUGUGAUCACGCUGGCUGCAACAAGCCUGCGCGCAAGAAAGGCAAGUGCUCGUACCAUGCCAAUGCGACCAAGAGCAAGCUGUCCAAGGACCAGCUGGCCACGGCCGGAGUCGGUAGUGGCGUGUCGUUGCCGCAGCAUAUGAUGGACAUGCGACAGAUCACGACACCGACGUUUGCCAUGGGCGUGAAGGAUCUACGCGACCCGCAUGUGGCAGCAAGUCAAGUGGACGCCCAACGCGCGGCGUACGUGCAACAGCAGCGGCUGGAGAUGGACAUGCGGUACAAGAGCUACGAAGGUGCAAAUGCCGGUCAGUAUCUGCAGAUCCAUGCGGACCAGCGGUCGUACGAGCCUAUCAGUCUCCAGGCUGGUGGUGCGGCUCGUCAUUACAUGGCUGCAGACAAUGGUGCUCUACCUCCAGUGUCUUCCGGCAGCAUGUACAAGCCUCCGGGGGCGAUGGAGCGUCAGACGUAUGGGCCGCGUGGCACACAGGAGCAAAUGAAGAAUCCAUACUCGCAGCACUGGGCCACGAAACCGGAACUGUCGCAGCACCACCCUGAUGCACGGGUGGAUUACUUUGAUGUCAAGGAGCAGCAGCAGCCGCCGCAGCAAGCGGGACACCACCACCCGUACUCGACCCAGUCAUCACAGUACCACCACCACCUCAGUGCAGCAGACUCAGCUGCUGCUGCCGCAGCUUAUGGUCAGCAGCAGCAACAACAACAACAACAACAACAGCCACCGCGUGCGUUCUACAGCCAACAGCAGCCACCAUCAGCCGCGCCCAGUGACCAGCCCGCAUCACAGCAGCAGAACAUGAUGUACUACUCGGCAAACGGAUACCCGCAGCACCAGAUGCAUAGCAUGCAGACGCAGCAACAGAUGCAGAUGUUAUAA